AUGAAGGGCGAGAUGCUGAUUGCGGCAGCUAAGGAGGGGUCAGAGAGCAAAGUGCGAACGUUGCUGGCAAUGGGGGCGGACGUAGAGGCGAAGGACGAGAACAAGCGGACAGCACUGCACUGGGCAGCAGCCAUGGGGCACGGGGAGGUGGUGGCCCGUCUGCUGGAGGUAGGAGCAGGCGUUAACGCCAGGGACCGCUGGCAGAACACGCGUCUGCGUCUGGCUGCAUGGAAAGGCCAUGCAGCUGUGGUGCGGCUGCUGGCAGCUUCCUCUGCCGACCACAACGCCAGGGAUCAAAGUGGGAGCACGCCACUGCACGAUGCAGCACGGCGUGGCCGUGCAGAGGCGGCGGCUGCACUGUUAGAGGCAGGGGCCGACAGGGAAGACAAGAGUUAUGGUGGGGACACGCCGCUGGACCUAGCCGAGCGGAACAACCACAAGUCGCUCAUAGACAUCCUAAGAGCAAGCUGA